AGCCCGAUGGAUCCCCAGUAAAUCUAAAACUGUCACCUGGUUCAUCAACUUCUUUGCUGCUAACAUGGGGAGAAACACUAUUGCCGAAUGGUGUAAUCACAAACUACACAGUUAAGUACUGGGAAGCUUCUAACAAAAGCGAGCACGGUGUUGAAGUGAACACAGAUAAAAAGAGCAUAGAAAUCAAAGAUUUGAAAGUAUAUACCAGAUAUACAGCUAUUGUUAGAGCAUUCACAGUAAUAGGUGGAGGACCUUGGAGUGAUGAAUCGAAAGGACUUACUGGGGAAGGAGGUAAGAAUG